AUGGAUACAAGGAGUACUCUGUUCAGUAAAGGAGGUCGAAUGGGGACCCCCGGCCGUCAGAUUCAAGGAGGCGGAGAAGGAAGAGGAGCCCCGGCGGGCGCUGGCUCCGGUCAGGGAUACAAUCACCACGUUCCACUCCGGCUGUCCAAGAUCGAAGACAAGACUUUGCAGACUCAGUACAUCUUCAGCAAUCUAUGCGCCGUGUCCCGUAAUGACUUCCCACCAAACCAUGAUGGCCAGGAUAUAUACAUUAAGCUGACAGGACGGAUGAUUCAGGGAGAGUAUGUGGUAACCGCCCGCCCGCUGCCAGGCUUUCCCAAUGGAUGCAUCAGUCUCUCAGAUCCGCAGCGGACAUGGAUUCAAGUCGGCAUGACGGAUGAGCUCGUGGGAGAGCUCUACAACCCGUUCAGCCAGGGAGGCAACGCCUACCUCAGCAGGAUGGAUGUUGAGGUCGGCUUUGCUUCGGCUAAGAAGUUCAACGACCAGACGUAUGACCAGGAUGCUUUGGCCGAGUCGAUGAUCAAGCUGUUCCAAAACCAGAUUUUCUCCCCGGGCCAGCGGUUUUUGAUGGAUGUCCGGAACAUUCCCCUAGCUCUUAUUGUCAAGACAACUCAACUCGCCGACUUGAGCAUGGAAAAGCAGUCCGACGGGCAAAUGCGGACAGAUGCUAAUGCACGAGGCAUCUUCGUGCCCCAGACCGCCAUCAACUUUUACAAGAGCGCAAGCUCGCCAAUCAAGCUCUCAGGAUCUACUAGUAGAGGCCCUGCCAAUGCUAUAAUUUCCCCAGACUUUAAGUUUGAAAAUAUGGGCAUCGGGGGUCUAGAUACGGAGUUUUCGACCAUUUUCCGAAGAGCCUUUGCCUCUAGGAUCUUCCCUCCUGGCCUGAUCGAUAAGCUUGGCAUCAUGCACGUCAAAGGCAUUCUGCUGUACGGCCCUCCAGGAACCGGUAAAACACUGAUUGCCAGACAAAUCGGCAAGAUGUUGAACGCCAGAGAACCCAAAGUCAUAAAUGGUCCCGAGGUUCUAAACAAAUAUGUCGGACAGUCGGAGGAGAAUAUCAGAAAGCUUUUUGCUGAUGCAGAGAAAGAGUAUAAAGAAAAGGGCGAAGAGUCCGGACUCCAUAUUAUCAUCUUCGAUGAGUUGGAUGCCGUGUGUAAACAAAGAGGAUCAGGGGCCGGAGGGGGCACUGGUGUGGGAGAUAGUGUUGUCAAUCAACUUCUAUCCAAACUCGAUGGUGUGGACCAACUGAAUAACAUUCUACUCAUUGGAAUGACAAACCGUAAGGACAUGAUCGACGAUGCGCUCUUGCGUCCCGGGCGUCUAGAGGUGCAGAUUGAGAUCAGUUUACCAGACGAGCGUGGACGUCUCCAGAUUUUGCAGAUUCAUACGUCCAAGAUGACCAAAAACGGGGUUAUAGAUCAAGACGUCGACUUGAACACGUUAGCAGGCUUGACCAAGAACUUUUCCGGUGCUGAAAUCAACGGCCUUGUCAAAGCAGCCACGUCCUUCGCGUUUAAUCGUCACAUCCGCGUGGAUGCCAUGGCCCAGAUCAGCGACGAUGCUGCUCAAAUGAAGAUUAAGAACGAAGACUUUAUGAAUGCCCUGAAUGAGGUUAGACCUGCGUUUGGUGCGGAUGAUGAAGAGCUCGGGGAGGCCAUUGCGUAUGGCAUUCUCCAUUUCAGUCCGACUAUAAAGAAUAUCCUUGACAAUGGUCACGUUUUCGUUGAGAAUGUUCGCAAGCUAGAUCGCUUGAGGCGGAUGUGUGUCCUUUUGUACGGACCCAAUGCGUCUGGAAAGACAGCUAUUGCAAAUAAGAUUGCGUUGGAUUCUGGAUACCCUUUUAUUAAGUCUAUCACACCAGAAAAAGUCCUUGGCUUUGCCUCGGAGGCUGCCAGGAAAGACUAUGUCUUUAAGAUCUUCACGGAUGCUUAUAAGAGUCCCCUAAGCUUGCUCAUAAUAGAUAACAUCGAGCGUUUGAUCGAGUGGAAUCCCGUCGGUCUACGUCUGUCCAACACCAUGGUCCAAGCCCUCCUCACCCUCUUCAAAGCACCCCCUCCGAAGGGCCACCGCCUCCUCAUCCUAGCAACCACUUCCCGUCGUACUGUGCUCGACCAGCUCGACAUGCUCGAGGCCUUCGACCAACAGAUCGCCGUCCCAGCUGUCGCCGACAUGCGCGAGCUGGGGGCCGCCCUCAGCGAAUUCCAGGCCUUUGACCCAGCCGGUGUAAACCAGAGCAUCAAUAUGCUGCGCCAGUAUAGCGACAGCGACCACGUGGGUGUGGGCAUCAAGACGGUGCUGACGAUGGCCGAGUCGGCGCAGAUGGUGCCUGAGCCGGCGGGCUGGUUUGCUGAGCAGUUAGGGGUAGCGAUUACAGCGAGGAGUGUGGGGAGGUCAAUAGAGUAG